AUCCCAUUGGCUUUGCUCAGAUGCGUGAAGCUAUCAUAGCAGAAGAAACUGAGAGACUUAGUUGUGUACAGAGAAGACACCCUCUGAUCCUCAGGCCAAAAACAAGGAGCCCUUUGAAUAUAACAGGAGCCAGGAAUGCCAUUUGACUUGCAUGGACUCCAUUGAAAGCUAUGGAAGAACAGAAAAGAUGCGAUGAAAACUGCAGCGAAAAGACACCGGUGGAUACCUUCUUUUGCAUCUCCUUCAUGUGGUGAAGAAAGAGGAGCCACCAUGCAGCCAUCUCAGGAUUCAGUGUCCUUUGAAGACGUGGCUGUGCAUUUCACCCAAGGGGAGUGGGCCCUGCUGCGCCCAGCCCAGAGAUCUCUGUACAAGCAAGUCAUGCUGGAGAAUUUUGGUAACGUGGCCUCUCUGGGACCGCCGAUUGCCAAACCUGACCUCGUAUGCUGGCUGGAAGAGGAGGAAGAGCCACUUCCCCUGACCUCUGAUGAGGAGGAGAAAUUUGCAGGAAGCUGCCUAGGUCUAUCAUGGGACUGUAUGGAGCCUGCAUUUCCUUCCAAAGGAGGAGGAGUGUGGGACGUAAAUGAAGUGAAAGAGCAUCCAGUGAUGGAGAAAGAGAAUACAUUUCCCCAUCUGAAAGAGUAUAGUGAACAUUUUGAUAAACAGAGGCAGAAAGGAGGGAAAAACCCACCCAAGCAGAGAAAUAAUUCUAGUCAUUUGCGGAAGAUGGAUUCUCAACAGCAAAAAAAAAACAAAGACAAUAGGAAUGAGCACACUGCAAAAGGGGGGAAAGUUCCUGAAAAAUCAGAUAUUAAUAUUCAAUGUAACAUCUUUAACAGUAAGAAAAUAUAUAAAUGUCUAGAUUGUGGGAAAAGGUUCGGUCACAGUGGAAGCCUAAUUUCCCAUCAAAGAAUUCACACAGGGGAGAAACCAUAUAAAUGCCUGGAAUGCGGAAAGAGCUUUCGUGUGAGUGGAAACCUUACUUCUCAUCAAAGAAUGCAUACAGGGGAAAAACCAUAUAAAUGUCUCGUGUGUGGUAAGAGCUUCCGUUUGGGUGGAAAUCUUACUUCCCAUCAAACAAUUCACUCAGGCAAAAAACCAUAUAAAUGUCUUCUGUGUGGAAAAAGCUUCCGUCAGAGUGGACACCUUAAUUCCCACCAACGAACUCACACAGGAGAGAAAAAAUAUACAUGCCUGGAGUGUGGAAAAAGUUUCAGUCGGAGUGGAAACCUUACAUCCCAUCAAAGAAAUCACACAGGGGACAAACCAUAUAAGUGUCUGGAGUGUGGGAAACGUUUCGGUGAUCGUGGAAAACUCAAGUCCCAUCAAAGAAUUCACACAGGGGAGAAACCAUAUGAAUGUCUGCAGUGUGGAAAAAGCUUUAACGAAAGUGGAAAACUUACUGUCCAUCUAAGAAUUCAUACAGGGGAGAAACCGUAUAAAUGCUUAGUGUGUGGGAAAUGCUUCAGUCAGAGUGGAAACCUUAAUUCCCAUCAACGAACACACACAGGAAAGAAAAAAUUUCUAGAGUGUGGAGAAAGCUUCAGUCAGUCUAUAUACCCUAGUUCCUAUCAAAGAAUUCACACAGGGUCAAAACCAUAUAAAUGCCUCACAUGUGGAAAAAGCUUCAAGCACAGUUGGGCUCUUACUGUUCAUCAAAGAAUUCACACAGGGGAGAAACCAUAUAAAUGCCUAGAGUGUGGAAAAAGUUUUGGUGAGCAUGGAAAACUCAAGUCCCAUCAAAGGAUUCACACAGGGGAGAAACCGUAUAAAUGUUUGGAGUGUGGAAAAAGCUUCAAGAUAGGAGGAAAACUUACUGUCCAUCAAAGAAUUCACACAGGGGAGAAACCUUACAAAUGUCUGGUGUGUGGGAAAAGAUUCAGGCAGAGUGGAAAUCUUACUGUCCAUCAAAGAGUUCACACAGGGGAGAAACCAUAUAAAUGUUUGGAGUGUGGAAAAAGCUUCAAGGAAAGCGGAAAACUUACAGUGCAUCAAAGAAUUCACACAGGGGAGAAACCAUAUCAGUGUCUGGAGUGUGGGAAAAGAUUCAGGCAGAGUGGAGAUCUUACUGUCCAUCAAAGAUUUCACACGGGGGAGAAACCAUAUAAAUGCCCAGAAUGUGGGAAAAGCUUCAGUCAAAGUGGAAACUUAACUACCCACCAUAGAAUUCACACUGGGGAGAAACCAUAUAAAUGCCUGGAGUGUGGAAAAAGCUUUAUUCACAGUGGAAACCUAAUGUCCCAUCAAAGAAUUCACACAGGGGAGAAACCAUAUAAAUGCCUGGAGUGUGGAAAAAGCUUCAGUCAGAGUGGAAGCCUUACUUCUCAUCAAAGAAUUCACACAGGAGAGAAAAAAUAUAAAUGCCUGCAAUGUGGAAAAGGCUUUAGUCAGAGUAAAAACCUUACGUCCCAUCAAAGAAUUCACACAGGGGAAAAACCAUAUAAGUGCCUUGAGUGUGGAAAACACUUCAGUCGGAGUGACAGUCUUACUUCCCAUCAGAGAAUUCACACAGGGGAGAAACCAUAUAAAUGCCUCGAGUGUGGAAAGAGUUUCAGUGAGAGUGGAAACCUUACUUCCCAUCAGAGAAUUCACACAGGGGAGAAACCAUAUAUAUGCCUAGAGUGUGGGAAAGGCUUCAGUCAGAGUUCUCAGCUUAUUUCCCAUCAAAGAAUUCACACAGAAAAGAAAAAAUACAAAUGCCUGGAGCGUGGAAAGACCUUCAGUGAUCACAGAAGACUUACUUCUCAUCAGGGAAUUCACACUGGGGAGAAGCCAUAUAUAUUCCUGGGGAGUGGAGAAAACUUCAGCCAGACUUCACAACAUAUUUCCCAUCAAAAAAUUCACACAGAAGAGAAAAAAAACAAGUGCCUGGUGUGUGGAAAAAGUUUCAGCGAGAGUCGAAAACUUACUGUCCAUCAAAGAAUUCACACAGGUGAGAAACCAUAUAAAUGUCUGCAGUGUGGAAAAAACUUCAGUAGAAGUGACAGUCUUACUUCCCAUCAGAGAAUUCACACAGGGGAGAAACCAUAUAAAUGCUUGGAGUGUGGCAAGCGUUUCACUGAGGGUGGAAGCCUUACUUCUCAUCAGAGAAUUCACACUGGGGAGAAACCAUAUGCAUGCCAGGAGUGUGGGAAAAGAUUCAGUCAGAGUUCACAUCUUACUGUCCAUCAAAGAAUUCACACAGGGGAGAAAAAAUAUGUAUGCCUGGAGUGUGGGAAAAGGUUUGGGCGGAAAGAUAGCCUAACUUCCCAUCAAGGAGUUCACACAGGGAAGAAAAAAUGGCAACUUCAGUGGGCAGACUCUGUGCCUUGACAUCCUUUCUGUGCUCCUUCUCCUACCGAAACCCUGCGCUCUCCAAGUACCAUCUCCCAAUCUCCAAGAAUUUCCCAACUCAGAACUGGCAACUGUAGAUGAGUGUCAGAGUCGCAGCUCAUUUCUUAUUUGCCAUCUGCAAGGUAAGAGCUCAGCAGAUACACAGAGGGAGGGACUAUGACUUUAGACCCCAGCAAAGUCUUUAACAGCCUCCAUAGUUUUGAGGGAAGAGCAGUGUUAUGUCAAGUUGGCCAUAUUAGUCCUAACUACUGGGGGCAGGUAUGGUGGUCAAAAGACAAAGCCCACCCAUUCUGGCAAUGGCCCAAUUGCAGAAGAACAUACAGUUGAAUCCACACUUGAACCCAUGGCCACCAUGCUCAAGACUAGUGCUUUUACUAUCCAGCUGAGCAGGCCCUAACAAAGGAGGAACACCUUUGGAUAUUAGGCAUUCCUCUGCAGUGCUGACGUCAUGCCCAGCCAUAUGGGGCCAGGCAGGGAUCUUCCAAAGGCAGGCCAGGCCAAAUAGAUAGGCACUGGUCUAGCGCACCUGGGGACCCUAGUCUGAGAGGUCAGGCCUGCCAUGCACUGCUGUCAUUUCAUCCAUGGUCAUAGAUCCAGAGGAGUUAGCCAUGUUAGUCUGUAGCUGCAAAAUAAUAGAGUCCAGUAGCACCUUGAAGACUAACCCGCUUAUUUGUAGCAUAAGCUUUCAAAAACCAUAGCUCUCUUCAUCAGAAGCAUGGAGGAUAUGAAGAACCUGGCCAGAGAUAUAUAGGUGGCGAGGGGAGCGGGGAGAGGAUGCAGGGAGUGAGGGUCAUGUAAAUGUAAAUCAGUUACAAAAAACCAUAAAAAAGGUGGAGUGCACAAUCCAGGCUGGGUGGGACCCCCCUCCAUAGCUGAAUCUGGAUGGAAUGAGAUAACCAUUCAUAGACUGUUUCCACACUGCCUUAAAAUAGCAGCAGGCUCCUGGAACGCUGGCAGCUUCUUCGCAUGAUAUGAGCUGAAAAAACGCCCUGCAUCCGUUUUAAAGAAAACAUCGCCUGAAGAAGCGGCCAGCGUUUUGGGAGCCUGCCGCUUUUUAAAAGUAGUAUGGAAACGGCCUUUGUCUCUAUUCAAUCCAAGUCUGACUGGUUUCAGAUUCAGAAGUGCAGUGAAGUGUGCAUAGCCCUGGGAGUCUUUGCAUACUGUUGAGUGCCCCGGGCUUCCCAUUUUCUAUAGCAUUCUGCCAAUCAACUUAAAGCCUGGUUUGCCUUAAUCUUAGAAAGCAGUCAUGCUUAUGUUGUGAUGCUUAUGUAUUUAACUAAGUUUGAGAAAUGUUAGGAGACCAGGUGUUUAUCAUAUGCAUUUCUACUUGUACUUGUAGGAUUAAUUUGCACCUACUUAUUAAGUUCUCGCCAAAUAACAAGAGUUAUGCUUUGUUUUAAAUAAAAUAAUAAACUCCAAGAUACUCUUGUUUGUCCUGCUGAUAAAGGAACUGACGUCUGCCCUCUAAUGUUUCGUUAUGCUACAAGAAAUUAGUCUCUCUCAAAAUGUUUGUCUUAAAAAGACCUCAUGGGUGAUU